GAACGGCAAGAGGAGCUACUUGUCCAGAAAGAACAAACCAGAGCUGGCUGGAUAUUCUGAGCUCUGGAGUGGGGUGUGUCACGCUUGUUCACGUACAUCCACAAACAUUUCUUGAGGGUUUUUUUCAUGCCUUGUUGCAAUAAACAUAUAUGACCGGCAGCUAGCUUUGCAAUCUAAUAGCUGACGGUGUCUUCAGACUCUUUCUAACAGCAUGCUAAAUUUUAAAGACAAAGCAGCUAGAUCUGAAUUGGGGCCCACAGUAUUUUCCUGUGGAGCACCCCCAUCCCCCAACGCUCCUGUCCUGCCUGCCGUUUGCACCUGAAAGCGCUGUUUGUGGUAAACAGUGCCUUUGGGUUGGCCUCUUGUGUCCUCAGAUGAAAUGAUCUCAUAGACAGUUUUCAGGAAGUUCUGGAAUUCCUCGAAAGUUCUAAAUGGAAGAGGAAGAGGGGUCAGAACCUGAUGGCAGCAGCUUCCAUGCAAAAGCCACAGUGGCUUCCCUGGCCUCUCCCACUCUGCUUUUCCCCUUGUGAAGAAGGACAUCCUUGCUUCCCUGGCCAGCUUGGUAGGAUCUCAUCCUCAUCUUGCAAACCGUGAGCUGAACUGGGUGAUGGGGAUACCUAGGUGGGACUUGGGAACAGUAACUAGCUUUUGCUCUCUGGAAGCUGUCCUGCAGCCCCAUCUGCUGGGAAGCUCGAGGGGAAGCACGUCAUUUAGAGAGGGCAAACGCAACUACAUCUGUGAUAUUUGUCUUCCUUUUACAAUGCAUAAGAAAAGAGAGCAAUUCCAACAAACGCUCUUAAAAUUCACUGCUUUGGGUUUUUAAAUCUUGUUGGGAAUAUUGCUACUAGAACCAGGGCCUUUUCAGUAUUGGCCCCAAGUUGGUGGAACGCUCUUUCCCAGGAGACCAGGGCCCUGCGGGAUUUGUCAUCUUUCCGCAGGGCCUGCAAGACAGAGCUGUUUCGCCUGGCCUUUGGGUUGGACUUAGCCUGACCCCGGUGUUUUCCUCCCUCAUGGCCUGGAUUUAUGGACUACUUGAAAUGAGGCUGCAUUUUAAAUUUUAAUACUGUAUUUUAAUCUGUAUUUUAAUUAAUUGUUUUUAUGUUUUAUUGUGGUUUUGUUGGUGUGAGCCGCCCUGAGCCCGGUUUUUGACUGGGGAGGGCGGGGUAUAAAUAAAAAUUUAUUAUUAUUAUUAUUAUUUAUAUCUAUUCCUCUCCCAGGAUUUAAGGGGUGUGUGUCUUCCAGAAAGGUACCUUCAAUGUACCCCCUUAAGCUGCACAAGCAGCUGCACAGAACAGGAAUUCCCACACUCUACCACCACUAUUUUGGGUGCUCAUAAUGUAAAUGGGAGCAAUGGGCCCCUUGGUGGUCUUGGGAUCUCAGCAGAUGCCCACCCUUGCUACCCUCUGGAGCUAGCCAUGCCUGUCCUCUGGUGGAAUAUGAAGCAAUCACUUGAGCAAGGUCUGGAAACAGAAACUGGGAACUGGGUGGGGCAAAAGGAUUCCAGAGUGGUUCAGAAUCACAGACCUUUGGGGCAUUCCAUCCCAGAGUUUGUAUUUGUUUUCAUUUAUUAUGUAUGUAGCUCUUUAAAGUAUCCCCCGUCUUUUUCCAUAAAAUAAAUGUUCAAACCAAAAAUAAAAAAUAGAGUUACCUGCUAGGCUUAGCCAUUUUGUUAGCUUCUUUUCCCCGUGGAAAGAUCUAAGGAAGAAAAGUUCAGGUAGUAUUCUGCCUGAUCAAUCUGGGCCUUGCAACAUGUGGCUGGCAGUAGGGCUGGGUGUGGGAACCCAGCUUGUCGUCUACAAGCUGAAAAGCAGCAGGGGAGGUUGUGACUCACCUCACAGGUGUGAUGGGCAGGUGCUGCCUAACCCUGCCAACCUAUGCUCUGAUUUUCCCUGGUUACUUCCUCCGCCAGGUGCUUUUACCCUGGGUGGGAUUCCAAAGGUAUAUUUGUUUCAUGGCGCAGGGAGGGUUGCAAGGGAAAAGCAGGGGCAGAAGGUUCAGCAUCCUCCUUUUCCACCUGCUACUUCCACUGAUCUGGCACCAUUUGGGCUCCUAGGCCAAAGAAUCCAAAUGCCCUGAAAUGAACAGCAAAGGCUGGAUGCUUAAGUAUUUCUUUCCUUGAAAUGGUAUUAAAUUUCUUGGCAACUUAUUGCCAAAUGUACAUCUUACACUGCUUAUCUUUUAGUUUUGGGCAGCUUUGUAUUGACUCAUAGCAGCCACUCGCUAGAAAGGCUGUGAUCUUAGGCCCGGUCCCCUGCCUUUUUCAUGGUGUCACAUGAGCUAUUGGUGUUUGAGACAGUAAUGGGUACCUUGAAGACUAGUUGUCACAGACAGUUCUCCACCUGUGGUUCAGCCUAGUCUCAGAUCUUGCCUUAUUGCCAGAUGACUCCUCACUGUUGACUUUCACUGCUGCCCAGUUUCUGAAACCAUCCCACUAUCACCAGGUAGCACAUUAUCUCAUUCUAGAAAUCCGUAUUCUAUUGGCAAAGCCGGGCUCUAUCCUAACCAACAGAGGGAGCAUCUGAAAGGGGAGAAGCAGUAGGUGGGAGGGGUGACAUCUAAUCCUGCCUACCACUUUCUCCCUCAGACUUUUCUUCCAGCUGUGCUUUUUUUCUGGCCUUUGAUGAAGCUGGGAAAAGAAAGCAGUAGGAGGAAGGAGUAGGAGUAAAGUAGUGCCUAGGGCAGGCAUGUCCAACAGGUAGAUCGUGAUCUACCGGUAGAUCACUGGAUGUCUGCGGUAGAUCACUGGUAGAUCAUUGGCUCCCCCAAAGAAGCUGAACAACUGUGGCUCCCCUAAAAAAAGCUCAACAUUUUACCUCCUCCCUGAAAAAACUCAACAACUUUGACCUGAACCCCCAAAAAGGGGGUAGAUCACUGCCAGUUUUUAACUCUGUGAGUAGAUCGCAGUCUCUUGGGAGUUGGCCACCCCUGGCCUAGGGGAAGGGUGAAGCAGGCCUCCUCCCACCUGCUGCUUUUCCUCUGCAAAAAGAAACCUCAUAUCCACAUUCAUACUAUACAAGUAACAUGAGAUUGGGAGUCUGUGUGCCUAAGAUCAUAUCCAGGCCAUUUGUGAAUGUAGCUCCUCAACGGAGGGCAUUGCUUGUGUUCAGAUGAUGUGGAUGAGUGGAAGUUGGACAGUUAUAUACUGAUGCAUAUUUCCAACUCAAAAUCACAAGGUGGCUGAGCACAUUGCGCACCUGGUAAAGGUGGCGGCUUCUCUGCACCUUGCCUUAGCUUACCUUUGACAUAACAUGCAGCUCUCUCCCUACUACCUCAAAGGAAGAGACUGAGAGCUAGACUCAUUUGAAGGGUCAGGGAAAGAUAGAUGAAAAGCCUUGUACUUCAGCCCAACCAUCUGCUUUUUUUAAAAGUAGGGAUGGGGAACGUGUGCCCUUGUAUUUUUAAUCUUUGUUGGAAGCCACCCAGAGUGGCUGGGGAGACCCAGCCAGAUGGGCGUGGUACAAAUAAUAAAUUGUUAUUGUUAUUAUUGUUAUUGUUAUUGUUAUUAUUAUUAUUGCAGAUGCUGUUGGACUCCAGCUCCCAUCAGCCUCAGCCAGCAUGACCAAUGCGAAGGGAUUAUGGGAGUUGGAGUCCAAGAACACUUUCCCCAUCCCUGUUGCUUUAGAGCUUCAAAUGGGCAUUUAUACAUACAGUAUAUAAGUUCAUCCCUCAUAAAUAUCCCAAGGAAUGGGUUUGGGAAUGAUUGGUGACAACACUGGUACUAGCCAAAAAGUGUUCAUUCCAGCUGACAUUUUCCUGGUACAACUGAAUGCUGAAAAACCCACCCAGAGAUUGCCCAGGACAGAAAAAAAUGUAUUAUUUUGAGAAGGCAGGGGUGUUUCCAACCUCUGUCACUCUUAAAACACUAUGUCUCUUGUUCCCUGUUUGAGCCAACCUUCCUGUUUUUCUGCUUCUCCCUAAAGGAGUUAACUUCAGAGGUUUUGUCAACUCCCUCCCAGGUAAGCAGCUAAGACGAUGAUCCACUUAUUACAGACCCUCCUCCUCACCUGCUUUGCAGUCACUGUGCAAGCCAAGAUCUUUGGUCGCUGCGAGUUGUUCCACGCGCUGAAAGUUAGCGGACUGGAUGGAUAUGAGGGGUACAGCCUGGCCAACUGGAUCUGCAUGUCGUUUUUUGAGACUGGCUUUGACACAGAGGCUAUUGACAGGCGCAAGGAUGGCACUAAAGACUACGGCAUCUUCCAUAUCAACAAUGGCUGGUGGUGUAAAGAUGAAGGUACCCUCUCGGAGAACCUUUGCUCCAUGUCUUGCGCAGGUUUAUUGAAUAAUGAUAUUCACGAUGAUAUCGUAUGUGUCAAGAGGAUUGUGAAAGAUCCCCAAGGCAUGGGGACCUGGAGGGAGUGGAAAAAGCACUGUGAAAAUCAAGACCUGAGUGAGUGGGUGAAGGGGUGUAAGCCCUGAAAACCUGUCUACCUUCUGUUUGCUAUCUCUCAUGUCAUCAAUACAGAGCUGUUUGGGGUUUUUUUCUUGUAAAAUGCUUCUUAUAUCUGUUAUUUCCCUGGAUGGUUAAAAAAAAAUCCAAAUAUGAAAUGAAGAGGCAAUUCAUGCUGUGUACACACCAUACACUCAAAGCCACCCCCCCCCAAAAAAAUCCUGGGAACUGUAAUUAAUGGUGCUGGGGAAUCAUAGCUCUCAGAGGACUAAACCACAGUUCCCAGGAUUCUUGGUGGGAAGUCAUGUGCCUUAAAUGUAUGAAGUACACACAUUUUUAAUUACUUUGCAUCCAUGGCGUCUACACUGGUCCCCUACCCAUCUCUGAUGCAGAUUAGGGCAAUUGGAAUCUCCCCAUUUGUGGAAUGCUCUCCCCAGGAAGGUUUGGCUGGCACCUUCAUUAUACACCUUUAGGCGCCAGGCAAAAAAAAGUUCCUCUUUAACCAGGCCUCCAGCUGAUUGGCAUCUGAUGCCCUUUUAAAAUGUUUUGGGGAGGGUGGGGGUUAUUGAGUUGUUCUUGUUUUUAUUUGUGUUAUGUAUUUUGUGUAUAUUGUGAUUUUUUUUGUUGUGAGCUGCCUUGAGACCUGUGAGUAU